GGCACGGAGCAGCAUGGUGUCCACAGAGAGCGCCUCGUCCACCUACGAGGAGCUGGCGCGGGCCUACGAGCACGCCAAGAUGGAGGAGCAGCUGCGGCACGCCAAGUUUACUAUCACAGAGUGCUUCAUCUCGGAUACGUCGUCGGAGCAGAUGACAGCAGGCACCAAUGACUACACAGACAGCCUGACGUCCAGCACGCCCUCCGAGUCAGGCAUCUGCAGGUUCACUGCCUCCCCGCCCAAGCCUCAGGAUGUCAGCCGAGUCAUGAACAUGGCCGUGCCCAAGGCUCACAGACCGGGUGAGGCCACGUAG